AUGGUACCAGUGCAUGUAGCACGACAAAUGAAUGGCGUUGAGCCUCCGCCAUCAUCCAUCUUGACCACGCAUGUUGUCCAUGGAAAUGGCGUCCCAGAUCUCGAUCGUGACAAUUUCAAACAACUCUUGGCUGAAGUUCUCAGCACCGACGACCGCGGGCAGUCCAAUCUCGGAGCGGAUGUCUCAGUCAACCACAAAUUGAUCUGUAUAAUAUUUCAAGUCGGUAUCGAAACCGCUUUGGAAGACAAUCCAUUCAAGUCCAAUGGAGGCGCAGGUAGGACAAAUGCGCAGUUGCAAGAUUGUCUUAAGGUAAUUAAACUUGCAAUCGAGAGAUCUCCGCAGGUCAUUACUUUGAAGUCAGACUCCCAAGGUCGGGAUGAAGCUGAUUGGAAACCUCCGUUAUAUGCUUGGCUAUUUCCCAGCCUAUUACCCUUGAUCGUAUCUUCUCAAACGGUUCAGGUUCGAGAAGGCGUUUCCGCAAUUUACGACGCCAUGCUACAGGCGAGCAUGACGUUUGCACCUUCCAACCAGAUUCAAGGCUUGUUGGAAUUCUUCAGGUCAUCUCUAUUAGUUGUCCUGCGGUUUGGUACGUCCCCUAGCUCAGCUUCUCGCCGACCGCUGGUCAUUGAUAGCGAGGACUUUGGGGCUAGCAUACAAAAGUUCUCGCGGCGACCGAACCUCCUAUUGAGGAGCCUCAGCUUUGCGGGCUGUCAUGAGCUGUUGUCGGCCUUGUGCUGUGUCAUGAAAGUGAUUGCGAAGUAUUCCGACUCAACAUUUAGCAGGAUCCAAUAUAAAAAGCUAGUCAUGCGCCUUCGCAGGACGAUUGAUGUUGUUGGAAAUGAACAUAUACAAGAAGAAGACCUCGAGGAACUGUCACGUGAACUAGGUGCCCUGGAUCUUCUACCCGCAGAACUUCCGAAAGAGCUCGACGUGCAAGCCUCGGACAACGCCUGGUCUGAAACAAACAGGGCCCGUAAAAGACUGCGACUGUCGACUGACGAGGAUGAUGCUUUACUUGCCCCGAGCUAUCAUCAGGAGAUAUGUCGUCGACUCACUGGAGAGCUCACUGGCCGUGCUGUUCCCGAUCUUGAUGGCCUGAGUGCAACAGCAGCUGCAGGCUUCCGAGGAGUGACACCAGAGAAACAAAGUGCAGUUAUUGAGUGGAUAGGUCUAACGGCCUGCAAAAUUUCGUCCACCUCUCGGGAUCUUGCGUGCGAAGUCUGCGAUUCUGAGGGCACCCUUUCCGACACUAUAGUUAUUCCCCUAGCCGACGAAAGUGAUGAGCUGUUGAAGACCUUGCUCGUCCUAAUUCCAACCAUAUCUCGUCAAUCUAGGGCUAGAAUAAUUGCAAUGGCGGCUUUACGACGAGUGAUUGCCCAUUUAGGCUCGGCAGAUAACCUCAAGCUUAGCCAAACUCCGGCUGGUGAAUGGUGUUUGCAAUCACUCAAGAGUUCGUCAAGAGAUCUACGGCUUGCAGCUACGAGGACCCUUCAAGCUUACGUCUUCUCAAAGAAGAGCGUUGAUACUGCACUUAUUCGAGAGAAUCGAAUUGCAGCUCUUGAUUUUCUACAAAACCUGUGGCAGAAGGGGGAUGUCGCCGUGCAAGAAACAAUAAUAUUAGCAUUAACCCUGAUGGCUCGGGUCGUUGGAGACGAAGAACUGAACAUCAUCUUGGUGAGGCUCGUCGAAUACUUGGGCCACAAAAACCCCUACAUUAGUGGUGUUGUUUACGCUGGUAUUCAACAAUUGGCGCAGACCAUGCAAGUUACGGUGUGGCUUCUGCUUCGUCCCUUCUGGCGGACCCUGGGCGUUGUGCUUGCAAAGUCGAUCUCAUCCAGGCCCCAAGUUGCACACCAAUUAUGCGACCUCCUCGGCAUGGACAUGUCUGGCCUAAUGAAUCACGCCGCCGAAUACGCUCUCCCAUACCUCGUCCUUCACAAAGAUCAUGAAACGAUAAGACGUUUUGCUGAGAUCAACGGCCAAUCCACCACAGCUUUCGAAUUGUGUACCCAGGAGAAACCUCUCACGGCUAUUCUGUCAUACCUUCUUGUUCAGCCGUUCCCCGAUCCUGAACAGGCAAUAAUGAAGAUUUUGACCGAGGUCUCCGACGAAUUCGGAAGAAGUGACCUUGCGACGUGGAUUGCACAUGAUCCUAACCGCAUUACGUGCGAGCUUCUGAAGGCCAUUGGGGAUAGUGGCCAAGGCAAGUCAUCGCGGAUCUACCAAGCAUUGCAGCUGCUUGCGCAGUUGAGUGCUCGCCAACGUGGAGUGUCUUCUGGGUCAAGAAGAGGGGACAGUAUUGGAGCUUUCCUCGAGAAUAAUGUUCUAGCAGUUGUGACCCACUUCACAGUCCUACUGAAUGAUAUUGGAGCGAAAGAGCCUAAGCUUGAGAAGAGGCGUUGCCUUUCUGCUUUAGGAGAAAUCGUGAAGCUCGGCAAAAGUCGAGUCACGCGUGCACUGCCGCAAAUAUGUGCAUGCCUACGGUCAGGUCUCGACGACGCGGAGUUAUGUAAUGCAGCGUUCGCUUCAUGGGCAGCAAUGAUCAAGUCGUUGAAGGAUGGUGACAUUGAACCCCUGAUCGAUCAGACAAUUGCUAUCAUAGUUCAAACUUGGGGACUACUGGACAGUACUUCCCAGCAACAGGCCUAUGAUGUAGUAGGCGAUCUCCUGAGAAACCACACAGACCUUGUCAGAGAGAACUUUGAUACAAUUCCUUCACUGUCCACAAUCCCUGUCAUGACCAAGUUUGAAACAGAAAUUGGUGCGCUCAAACGCCAGAUGGACGAACGCCACCAACUUCUUGCAUAUACGAAGAGACUUGGGGAUGAAAAUGUUACUGUUGUUGAACAGGCAUUGGUCGAAUUGUCCCCGCUUCUACAACAGAAACAGGAAUUUUUGCAGCGUUGCAUACUCCAGGAACAGCCGGAUGAGUUUGUUGCCGGUCUCACGCGUGCUUUGCUCGAUGCAUGUAUCAAGUUCAACACCAGUUCUCGCAUUACAGGACUGUGCGGCCGGUGUUUAGGUAGCAUCGGGUGUUUGGAUCCAAGUAAAAUCGAGAGUGUUCGGGAACGCAAGACAAUGGUUGUUCUAUCAAACUUUGUGAAAGCCGACGAGGUUAGAGAGUGGGUGUUCCUAUUCCUACAGACUGUCCUCGUCCCAUCAUUUUUAUCAGCAACAACAACGAGAGCACAAGGUUUCCUUGGAUGGGCAAUGCAAGAAUUCCUCAAAUCCUGCGAACAAGACAGUCCAACCAAAACCAAGUCCGGUAAGCUUGCCAAACAAUUGUGGGAAGAACUGCCCGAAACCAUGAAGAAUACAAUGACUCCAUUCUUGACUUCGAGGUAUACCGUUCAAGAAAUGAGAGCACCACCGAAGUGCCAAUAUCCUUUUUUCGAACCAGGCAUGAAGCAUCGAGACUGGCUCCGAGCUAUAACAUUAGAUUUCCUUCACCGCGGACCAGGUGAAAACGUCGAUAUCGUCUUCGCCAUUGCCUGCAGGAUCGUCAACGGUCAAGACAUCGCGAUACCAGCUUUCUUACUGCCAUACGCUACUGUGAACCUCAUUGUUAGUGGGGUUGAAAGUGACAGUCAGGAGAUCAUCAAGGAGAUCACUUCCAUACUCAGUUAUUCACUAAAUGGGCAGGAUGGUCGCGUGCAGGAUGAUAUCAAGCUGUGUAGUCAAACGGUAUUUGAGAUACUGGACUAUAUGACGAGUUGGCAUCAACAGAAACGAAAAAAGCACUCCCAAGACGUGGCUCGUUCAGAGCGCAGUGGUAAGAUUGAGGCUGUCCUUGAAAGUACUGCUGCACAAAUACGAAGCAUUGAGCGAGUUUUGGAAAGCAUUCCACCCGAUGUUUUGGCCCGGCGGUCGUUGGAGUGUAAGUCCUACGCACGAGCACUUUUCCACUGGGAACAACACAUCCGCCGGUCAAAAUCCGACAAUGUUGAGGCUGAAUUACAACGACUACAAGACAUAUACGCCCAGAUUGACGAGCCCGAUGGUAUUGAGGGAAUAUCUUCUCGCAUGCAUGUCCUUGAUAUCGAGCAGCAAGUACUGGAGCAUCGAAAGGCUGGUCGGUGGACAGCUGCACAGAGUUGGUAUGAAAUGCAACUUAUUGCCCAUCCAGACGACGUCGACGUACAAAAGAACUUGAUGGUCUGUCUUAAAGAAUCUGGGCAAUACGACGUGCUCCUUCACCAUUUCGAUGAUAUCAAAAGUCGCAACACAACUUCCACUACCUUGAGUUCAUACGCGAUCGAAGCUGCCUGGGCGACCAACAGGUGGGACCGGCUUUCCACUUACUUACCCAAGGCUGGCGGCUCUGACUUUGCAUCGCACAUUGCAGAAAUUAUACUAGCGAUCAACGAGAACGACGACACCAAAACCUUCAACCUGAUUGAAGAACUGUAUCGUAUAACUGCAUCAGAGUUUACACCAAAUACUAUUUCUUCCUUGCAUGCGGGACAUGACACAUUGUUGAAGCUCCACUUGCUCAACGAUCUUGAGCUAAUGACAUCGAGUUCAACGAUGGACCGGCUCUCUGUACUUGAGAAGCUGCGCGGUCGUCUCGAUGUGCUUGGUUCCAAUGUAACAGAUAAGCAGUAUCUCCUUGGAGUACGACGUGCGGUCAUGUCACUUCGUCCAGAUAUGUUCAUCCCAAUCGAUAUUUCAGCGGCUUGGCUCUCAACCGCCCGCCUAGCACGCAAGGCCAGGUCUACUACCCAAGCCUUCAAUGCUGUUUUAAAAGCCUCCGCCUUGGGUGACAAAUCAGCUGCUAUCGAACAUGCCAAGCUGAUGUGGUUGGAAGGGCAUCAUCGAAAGGCAAUUCAGACUCUAGAAAGCGCAAUUGAGUCAGGUGCCUUUGUUGCUCACGACUAUGUUACUGAGGCUGGGGCGGUUAGUAUGACCGCAGAGCAACGACAUUCGCAAAAUGCAGUCACAGCAAAGGCAAACGUUCUGCUGGGCAAAUGGCUUGACCAGUCAGGCCAAACGCAAUCCGACAUUAUCAAAAGUACGUUCGGCAAAGCAACAUUAAGCUUUCGCAAGUGGGAAAAGGGUUGGUACCAUUUGGGUCGUUAUUACAACAAGAUACUAGAUUCGGAAAAAGCGAUGCCCCCGGGAAAAGAAAGCCAGACGUUCUUGACGGGUGAAGCAACAAAAGUUGUCAUCGACAACUACCUAAGAUCGCUUCUCAACGGUAGCAAGUAUGUCUUUCAGACACUGCCAAAGAUUCUGACUCUCUGGCUGGAACUAGUCGACGGCAUGUCCAUUCAGCCAGAUCCACGACGAGGAAACGCAGAAUUCCAUGCACACAACGCAGUGCAGAGGAAGCGCGUCAUGGAAGAGACGAACAACCAGAUUAAAAAGUAUAUGGAACGACUACAACCUGCUCUUCUCUAUACAAUCCUGCCACAAGUGGUUGCUCGAAUCUGCCACAAAAACGAAACUGUCUCGGAUCUGCUUGGGAGCAUUGUUGUCAAAGUGGUGAGAAUAUUUCCGCAGCAGGCGUAUUGGACAUUACUAGCUGUUGUGGAAUCGCAACAAAAAGACCGCGCGGUCAAAGGGCUCGCCCUCGUCAAGAAAAUUGUAGAAGUUCAAAAGAAGUCUUCAAAAGAUGCCUCAGCAGCUGAUUUGAGGAAUCUAUUCACAACAGGGCAAAAGUUCACAAGAGAGCUUAUUCGCAUUUCCGACUAUGGGAUUGAAGGUCGAGUCUCCAAAGUGAGCCUGUCUAAGGAUCUUGGUUUUAACCACAAAAUUGCACCGUCGAAAUUGGUGGUCCCAAUUCAAGCUUGCUUGAUACCAAGCAUGCCCACGAGCUUUGAACCUGCACAACUAAAAGCAUUCCGACCGUUCGCCAAGGACCCCAUUACGGUCUCUGCAUUCGUGGACGAAGCCGUUGUUCUUUCUUCUCUUCAGAAGCCCCGCAAGCUCACCAUCCGAGGGUCCGACGGUGGCCUCUACAACGUCUUGGCAAAGCCGAAGGAUGAUCUGCGCAAAGACCAGCGUCUGAUGGAGUUCAAUACGAUGAUCAACCGUUUCCUCAAGCGAGAUGUCGAUGCCGCAAAGCGUAGACUCUACAUCCGCACAUAUGCAGUCAUUCCAUUGAAUGAAGAAUGCGGAUUGAUCGAGUGGGUGGACAACCUCAAGACGUUCAGAGACAUCAUACUCAAACUAUACAAGGACAAGUCCAUCCAGCCCAACUAUGUGGAGAUCCGCAAAGCAUUAGACGAGUCCUGCUCUGGAGAUCCCGAAAAGGUGCAGAUUUUCACUAACAAAGUGCUUGCCAACUUCCCGCCUGUGUUCCACGAAUGGUUCGUCGAAUCAUUCCCGGACCCAAGCGCAUGGUUCAACGCGCGGCUCCGGUACACUCGUUCCGCUGCCGUGAUGUCCAUCGUGGGCCACGUCCUCGGGCUGGGUGACCGCCACGGCGAGAACAUCCUCUUCGAAGAAGACAAUGGCGGCACCCUGCACGUAGACUUCAACUGCCUGUUUGACAAAGGCCUGACGUUCGAGAAGCCCGAGACAGUCCCGUUCCGCUUGACCCACAACAUGAUCGAUGCCAUGGGCGCGUACGGCUACGAAGGGCCUUUCCGCCGUUGCUGCGAGAUCACCCUCACGCUGCUCCGCAGCAACCAGGACGCGUUGAUGACCAUCCUUGAGACAUUCCUUCAUGACCCAACGACAGAUUUCAUCAACGGCCCCGGAAGGAAGAAGAAAAGCGUCAACGGCGUCCCGAAUACACCGGUGGAGGUUCUCGAUGGAGUUAGGACGAAGGUUAGGGGUUUGCUUGCUGGUGAGAGCGUGCCGUUGAGUGUUGGGGGCUACGUCGAGGAGAUGAUUCAGCGUGCUACUGCUGAGCAAAAUCUCUGUAAGAUGUAUAUCGGUUGGUGUGCAUUCUUUUAG